UGUGUUUGGAACGCAUGCCCUCUGACAUCACUUCUGGUUCCCGGGAUGUGAUGAUUGCGAUCCUCAGCUGUGUCUUUGGCAGCUGUGAGGGAUCAUGUACUCCAGAUUAUUUUGAUCACAAAGCGAAUCUAAGGAGUUAGCAAGCAGUAACAAUGCUGAGAGACACCAUGAAAGCGUGGAAUGAAAGUUCAGAUAUAUACAGCAGUGACCAAGAAGAGGAGGAAGAAGAGAUGAUCUUUGAAGAAAAUGAUGAUGAUCUUGAAGAACUAAUGGAUUUUAGUGACCUUCCGACAUCUCUGUUUGCAUGUAACGUUCAUGAGUCCGUCUUUGAGGUAGAUGAUCAGAAGGAAAGAUUCAAAACUCUCUUCACUAUCUAUGACAGUGAGGUCUCCUUUCAGCUGUUUAAAAGCUUUAGAAGAGUUCGAAUAAAUUUCAACAACCCAGAAGCUGCCGCUAGAGCGAGAAUUGAGUUACAUGAAUCUGACUUCAAUGGAAAGAAGUUAAAGUUAUAUUUUGCACAGGUCCAGGUGUCUAAUGAGGAAGGAGAGAAGUCUUUUCUGUUGCCUCCAAAGCCAGUGAAGCAGUUUCUAAUCUCCCCUCCAUCAUCUCCACCAGUAGGAUGGAAGCAAAGUGGAGACCCAAUGCCAGGGUUGAACUAUGAUCUUCUGUGUGCUGUGUCAAAGCUGGGCCCAGGAGAGAAGUAUGAACUGCAUGCAGGGACCGAGUCUACUCCUAGUGUAGUUGUUCACGUCUGCGAAAGUGAAACCGAGGAAGAUGAAGAUGAUAUGAAGGGAUCAAAACAAAAGAUAGUUCAGACAAAGCGCCCUUCGAUUCCCUCAGCCAUUGUAAACUAGUAUGUCGCCUUUUUUUCUGUAAAAACUAGAUUCGAGAAAACAUAUCUUCAAAGGGAAAUGUAGAUCUAUUCAGUAUGUAUAUAGCUAAUGACAAUCUAGGUCAUGUAUUCAGAAGCUGUCCUAAAUGCUGUCAUUGUUUUCUUGUUUUUAUGUUUUUCCGACAAUGUUCGUGUUACAUUUAAUCAGUAUUUUAACUCUUUUUGCUAUAAGCAAAAUGUUUUUACUGCAGCAGAAUGUAGUUUGCGGCCCAUACCACUUGAUUAAAAUGGAACAACCCCAUGAAGAAAGGAAGAUUUUCAAAAUAUAGUAUGCUGGUUCAUCAGGA